AGUGUAGUGACAAAUCUAUGAAUCAUUUGGCAACGUGACCUUGGGUACACACAUUCCAGAAAUACUACGUAACUUUCAGUUUUUAAUACAGUAUGGCAACUUGGGAUGAGGUGCGAGAACUGGCUAACAAACUCAAAGAAACACAAAAUCAACCUAAUAUUUGUAAACUAUCUGAUAGAACAUGGGUCGAUAUUAUACAACAUUUAAUGUCUGUGAAUAGACUAAAACUGGUUUUCUCAACUGAUGGGCGAUCAUAUUUAACUCGGAACGAGCUCGAUAAGGAAAUCCGAGAUGAAGUUGAAGCACAUUCUGGUAGAAUUACACUUACAGAACUAGCAUCAAAUCUUGAUGUGGAUUUCGAUAUCAUUGAAUCAAGAGUCACUGAAUUGAUAACCUUAGAUGCACAAAACAAGUCGCCUUGUCGUUUGAUCAGUAUACCUAGUGAAGUUGUCAACAGUUCAUAUGUUCGACGCGUAGCUCAUGAAAUACUUGAUCGACUAGAAGAGCAUGGCCAGACUAGUAUUGGUGAACUAACUGUCAUUUUUAAUCUCCCUACAACAUUCUUAUCGAGUAUUAUGCAAGAGUAUCAAAGUACUUUAUUUCAUGUACAUAAAUAUGGUGAGAAGUACUUUACAGAUACUUUCCUUAAUGCUACUAAGGCGAAAAUUCGAGGUUAUUUUACAGGUGUUAUCCGUCCUGUUACUUUGAGUUCAGUUGCUUCAAAGCUUCAAAUUCCUGAAAAUUUAAUUAAUAGUAUUGUCUCUAGUCUUAUCAGUACUGGUCGAUUGUAUGGUAAUCUGAUUGCCGGUCGUAGUGGCUUCGUUCCAAAAUGUUAUACUUAUGCUGAGGAUAAAUACAUCAACUCAUUUUACUCUCAGAAUGGAUAUAUUGAAUGGAAUUAUUUAAAGCGAUUGAAUAUUCCUGAUCCAGGUUCAUAUUUAAAAACUAAACUUCCGAAUGCUAUGCAUCUACCAGGUCUUACGGUUAAUACAUUAAUAGUUGAUCAGUUAAAAUCCCUCAUUUCAGGGGUAAUCCGCGACGUAUCUUGGAUAGACCUAUCCCAUUAUAUUCCAAAUGGAUUAGAUUCAAAUGAAAGAUCGGCACUAGUUAACCCUCUGUUAAAAGAUGCUCCUGUGAAAUUACUUGACACAUAUUUAAUUGCUGACAAAUUUAUUGAAAGCUGCGAAGUUUUUCUUGACACGUAUUUAACGAAAAAGGCUCAGACAGCUUUCCACCACGAACAUCAUGCAAUCCUGUCAAGUCCAACUCAACAACAAUCCGUAGAAGUUAAUACACCUAAACAAGUAGUUACAUCGCCCAAAGGUGGAUUUGGUUUUGGCGCACGUGAAAUUAAAACCAAAAAUGUUAAAAAAAAGUAUAAUCCAAGUAAACGUAAGACGGGCAAUUCAUUAACCAUUAAUGAUUCAGAAAAUAACUUUCCUAGUGGCAUUGGUGAUUCCCAGUCACUAACUAAAGAUCUCUUUGCUCGUUAUGUUCUCAUGGACGACGUUAGAAGUAUUUUGUCUUCACAGUUACCAAAUGAUGUGCCCAGUGAAAUGAUUGACCAGGUCGCUGAUAUGUUGGAACCUAUUUUACAACAGUCAUUUAUAAAACAUAUUGGUUCACUGAUUUCACCGAGCGCAGGUGCUAACUUCGAUCGUGAGAAAAAGUUGCAAACACAGGAAGUGGUUAAUAGUAUGGUUCUCAGUUUACAGUUGUUAGAGAGAGGAAUCUCUUCAAUAAAUCGUGAUAUCCUAAGAAACCAAUUAUUAGUUCAUCUUCUGAAAAAUUAUGGUAUGCCUAUUCUUCGGCAGCUAUGUGAUUAUAUUUCUUAUGAAUUCGGAAUUCCAUGGCCUGAGUCGACAACUAGUAAAAAUGAUCUCUCAAAAACAAACUCUUCCGAUUCAACACAAAAUAACAAUGUCAAAUCAAAUAUUACAGAAUCAUUAAGCAGUGAAUCCUAUCAUCGUCUCCUAGAACUGUUAAAACAUACUAGUUUACCAGAUGCAGUUUCAAUAAGCAGUGCUAUACAGCAAGUUUUGGACAGCUUUAAAGUUGGGCAAAAUAAUUUAACAUCACUUGAUACAUUUUAUACUUCAAUAAAAAAUCUAUCAGUUGACGUUCUCGGUUUGACUAUUUCCGUAUUUCAUUCAUCUAAUAGUCAUAAUAAUAAACGAGAACGAGACGAACGACUUAAAGCUAAUGAAUUAGCCAUUCAAGUUGAAAUGCAACUCAAGGAAUCAGUAUGUGAUGCUAAAAUUAACAAUGAUUUAUUAAAAGUUGCAACAACUGCAACUUUAGCAGCUACCUGUUUAUUUGCUCAAAUUAUUAAUGGUUGGCCAGUGACAGCACCUGGAAAAUGUGUACCUGAGUUGAUUGAUUGGUUUUUUGAAGCAUUAAAAUUUAAAACUGAAUUGGAAAGCAACAGUAAUGAGAAAUCGAAUUCACAUAUCACGGCUUUGAAAACAUUACAGGCUUCAAAUGUUCUCGAUGAUUUGAGUAAAUUGGCUAAUUAUAUUUCGGAAAAGGUGCGUUCUGGAAAUGUUUUUGAAGAAUCUGACAUACAAGCCCAUUUGAAACAUAUACUUGAUGUGGGGAUUCAGUGUAGAAGACAAUUGUAUGCAUGAAUAACAAAGAAACUUUACUUUUUACUGUUAUUCUAGUUACCAGGUUACUUUCUGUGGUGUUUCUUUACUUCAUUUAAUUAUUUCCAUAUUUUGACAAUUUAUAUUUCACAUAUUCAUAUUUUCAAGGCCUCGUGAGCUAUUUUUGUCGUUACGUAAUCCUUGGCUGGCGUGUAAUUUAUCGAUUACUCAGUACUCCUGUUAUCCACUUAUUUAACGACAUUUUAGAUCUAUGUUAUAUCCGAGCGAAGAUUAAAUUAUAGGUAACUUCUGAAGACUGUUAAUAGACUAAUAUUCUAUAAAUAUUCUUAUUGUAUAAUUGUUCAACAAUUACAUUACGUAUAUUUAUAUUCCUCUUAUUAUAAGCUUUAUUUUGACCUAUAAUUCAUUAUUAUACGAUUUACGGUUCUUAAUCUAUAUUCAGUCUAUUAAUUACUAUCUCCCGCGUUCACAGCCACUUUUCGGCUCAUUUGUGUACACAUGUUACUUUCUAAUUUAUGGUGUGUUGUGGUCUGUCUGUUUGAUAUAUAAACCGAGUAUGUUUGAAAUAAACGAUCUGCUCCGAUUCGAA